UAAGGAGGUAAGGGGGUAGGGAGAGUAGAAAAAGGGACUGCCAUCCAUGUAACCUUCUUCUUUCUCAGAGACAGCAAACAGAACAGAAAGCCCACAAGCUUUUAUUAAGCUUAAAACAAGACCAUUGGAUCAUUAGGUGCGUUCAAAUACAGACAUGGAUUGCAAACUCUGGCUUGCUUUUUCAGUGUGGCUUUUGCUGCCCACCUCUGAAGCUGGAAGGCAGAUGCCUAAACUCUCUGAAAAGAAACUCUGCGCUGACUCCGAAUGCAGCAAUCCUAUCCUAAUAGCUCGUGCAGUGCAGGACUAUUACCCUGGAGACUGCAGAUUCAUCCCCAUCAGACAGGGCCAGCUCAUCUAUGUUUAUGCGAUGCUAAGAGACAGAGGGAACCUCUUCUGGGCUGGCAGUGUACAAGACUCCUAUUACGGACAGCAGGAGGCUCGCAUUGGUCACUUCCCAAGCAGCGUAGUGGAGGAGACCCAUCCCCUCAUGCCAGCCAGCACCGAAGUCGAGACUACUAACUGGGACUUCUACUGUAACUAAUGUUGCAUUUACCAACAAAGAGAACAACAUGGUAAUAAACUUUGUUUGUCCAAGACAAACAUAUUUUUUGAUCUUACACAGAUUGUUGAUAUGUAGUUUUGCUUAUCCAAACUGUUGAUAACCUGCACCUUAGAAGAUAUGAACAGCGCGGCACAACAAAAUAUGAUUCUAGAUUGUGAUCAUAAUGAAAAUGUCAAAGCGCUACGAAGGGCUAUUGCUGCUUAACGCUCUAUAUUUGACUUGUGUCUGUUUUACUCUCUGUAAUACUCCAUCGUUCUGAUUGUAUCUGUUUCGCAUUUUUCUGAUUCAAGUAAUUUGUGCUCCAUUGUUUUUGAUGUUUUCGCAUCACAAAAUAAAUACCAAUGUGUGACAACUGUCUAGAAAAUGUCUACAAAAUAUACGAUGCUUUCUAUAUAAUAUUUGUAUUAUUAAAGGGGACUAUAUUGCAGUAGAGUAGAGGACAAAUGCAUUGCACUAAAAAUAAAUUAAUCAUGAUUCAA